GAGUUCUUGGAUCGCGCCGCGCUUCCACAUCAUUCCGACGCCGCGACGACUGCUACCAACCACGGCCACCGGUCCACCACACCACUUCCACCACUGGCAGGAGCCGCCGCGCUCGGUCGAGAUCGCGGGACCAAGGAGAAGAUGCCGCCCGCUCCCAGCGCCGGCGGCGGCGGCGGCGCGGCGACGCCGCGCAGCAAGCCGCAGAGCCCGCUGCGCAUCACGCACGACGGCGAGUUCUACGCGCGCCUGCUCACCAGGGAGUCGUCCCUGGGAAACCCGUCCUUCCGCUACUACGGCGCGGGGCCCGGCGCCGUGCCCUUCGUGUGGGAGUCGCAGCCGGGCACGCCCAAGGACGCCUACUCCUCCUCCCGGAUGAUGCUGGCCGUGGGCGCCGGCGCGCCCGUCAUCACCCCGCCGCCCUCCUACCACCUCCGCGGCGCGCCGCUCGGCCACAGCGCCCGGCGCCACGGCAAGGCCGGCGGCGGCAGGUACAGCGGGUGCAGGCUCAGGUGGAUCAAGGUCGGCUUCAUCGCCACCGUCUUCCGCCGCCUCGGCUUCGGUAAGUCCUGCAGGUCCUCGUCGUCGUCGGUCAAGCCCUCGCCGUCCACCCGCUGGCUCUUCUCCGGCUCCAACGCCGCCGAAGCCCGCGACCAGGAGUACUGCGGCGCCUACGACAAGCCUGCGCCGCCGCCGACGAGGACGAAGAGGGUGCUCUGCCUCGGCGUCCGCCCGAGCCCGUGGAUGGUGCAGUUCUGCAGCGGCCAGCAGGAGCAGGCCGGCUGGGUGUACGGCUGGCGCCCGUAGAUAAGCUCCGAUCCCGCCGCCGGUCGCUGUCGAGCGAAGCGCAUGUCCGCCGUCCGGCCCCUGUCCAUGGAUGCAAGCAAGUGGUUCAUAGGGGCACGUCGGGGCGCCCUAAUUAUUCAAGUGAUCUGUAGGAGCUAAUAUAAUUGUUAGUGCGUGAUGGAUGUUCGUGUUCGAUCCGGUGUCCAUCACUGUUCUUGGAAGCAAGAUAAGGAGAUAAAGCUGUUCGUUCCGGUCGUUUAGUGGCGUCGUGUUGCCAUGGCCGGGUGUAUAUUGUAUACAUGCGUCUUGUACCUGGUGUUGUCUAGCUGCCUAUAGCUACUGGUGUUGUAUGCAAUGCAUCUUGCCGUCGAUGGAUGGCGACUGGACUUGGACAGUUCACGUGUUCCGAAA